GCGGCGGCGCUGCGGGAGCUCCGGCGGCCGCGAUCCUAAUGGCUGCGCGCGGGCCGCGCUGAGCGCGGGCGGAGAGCGACGGGCGUGGGGCUGCGGAGAGCGAGAGCGAGCGCGGCCGGACCCUGGCCAGGCCCCGCCCGACCGGCCGAGCCCGCGAUGCGCCCCGGGGUCUCCCCCCGGCGCAGCUGACGCCGCGGCCCGCGGAGACCCCGGCCGGUCGGCCCCGAAGAGCGGCCACCCCGGCCCAGGCCGCGAUGGCGGGGAAGGCAGCCGCCCCGGGCACCGCGGUGCUGCUGGUCACGGCCAACGUGGGCUCGCUCUUCGACGACCCAGAAAACCUCCAGAAGAACUGGCUGCGGGAAUUUUAUCAGGUCGUGCACACGCACAGGCCGCACUUCCUGGCCCUGCACUGCCAGGAGUUCGGAGGGAAGAACUAUGAAGCCUCCAUGUCGCACGUGGACAAGUUCGUCAGAGAGCUGCUGUCCGGUGAUGCGAUGAAAGAGUAUAACAGGGCGCGGGUCUACCUGGAUGAAAACUACGAGUCCCAGGAACACUUCACGGCACUAGGAAGCUUUUACUUUCUUCACGAAUCCUUAAAAAACAUCUCCCAGUUUGACUUUAAAGCCAAGAAGUAUAAAAAAGUCACUGGUAAGGAGAUCUACUCAGACACGCUGGAGAGCACGCCCAUGCUGGAGAAAGAGAAGUUUCCGCAGGACUACUUCCCCGAGUGCAAGUGGUCGAGGAAAGGCUUCAUCCGGACGAGGUGGUGCCUUGCGGACUGUGCCUUCGACUUGGUGAACAUCCAUCUUUUCCACGAUGCUUCCAACCUGGUUGCCUGGGAGACCAGCCCUUCUGUGUACUCGGGGAUCCGGCACAAGGCCCUGGGCUACGUGCUCGACAGAAUCAUUGACCAGCGAUUCGAGAAAGCGUCCUACUUUGUCUUUGGCGAUUUCAACUUCCGACUGGAUUCCAAGUCCGUGGUGGAGACUCUCUGCACAAAGGCCACGAUGCAGACCGUCCGGGCCGCCGACACCAACGAGGUCGUGAAGCUGAUAUUCCGAGAGUCGGACAACGACCGGAAGGUGAUGCUCCAGCUCGAGAAGAAGCUCUUCGACUACUUCAACCAGGAGGUCUUCCGGGACGACAACGGCACUGCGCUCUUAGAAUUUGACAAAGAGCUGUCUGUCUUUAAGGACAGACUGUAUGAACUGGACAUCUCGUUCCCUCCCAGCUACCCAUACAGUGAGGACUCCAGCCAGGGCAGGCAGUACAUGAACACCCGGUGCCCCGCCUGGUGUGACCGUGUCCUUAUGUCCCCGUCCGCCAAGGAGCUGAUUCUGAGGUCGGAGAGCGAGGAGAAGGUUGUCACCUACGACCACAUCGGGCCCAGUGUCUGCAUGGGAGACCACAAGGUGACAGAGCCGUGCCGCGGUCUGGGGGCUGGGCCCGAGGGGCGGGCCGUGGUGGGCUUUCCAGGCUGGGGGCCGUUUCUGCUUCUACUGCCCCUCUUCUCCGCCUCCUUCGUCUGCUUCACAGAGGAGGCCAAGUUGGUCUGUUUUUAUUUAACUUUAAUAAAAUACCAGAAGGUAGGCAGGUAGGGGCUAGACAGGCAGGUAGAUGAGAAGGCAGAAGUGACUGGUCACAGGAGGAUAAACUGCGCAGUGUUACUGUUUGUAGAAGGAGGCUGUGUCCACCGCUGGCCGGUUCUGGGGGCCGUUUCCUGCACUCAAGUACCUUCCUGGCUCCUGAUGGCGACCGCCCACCACCAGUGCGGGCGGGACACGGGCGUGUCACCGACCCAGUGCCUCGGGGGAAACACCGAGUAUUUGUUCCGGGACUAACUUUGUACAUGUGACUGGCCCGGGCCCCUCCGAGGGGCGUGUGGUGACGGGUCGUGUGUCACCAUCAGCCACGUGAGAGACGUUCACCGUUUCCCAUUUUCAGGGCCUCUGGGCGGGUCGCCCACACUGCCCAGUGGGCCGGAUCCCAGGACGGGCUCUGUCCUUCCCCGUGUUCUUUGGGCCUGAAAUCAGCUCUCACGUUGUCUUUAUCUGGAAACAACACCGUCUUUAGAGAACGCGAAGGCCCUUUGCCUCUAGCCUCUGGUCGCCCAGUCCCACCAGCUCCUCGGGAACUGGGGCCCGGCGCUGGGCCUGCGGGCCGCGGCCGGGAAGCCCGGGAGCGGGGUCUGGGCGCCCGGUUCUGACAGCCUCUCUUCUCCCGCUGCAGCCCGUGUUCCUGGCCUUCCGCAUGGCGCCCGGGGCAGGUAAACCUCACGCACGUGUGCACAAGUGUUGUGUGGUGCAGUGAACUGGUGGUAAAUAUGCCUCCUCCCUCGAGUUCACCUUUCUGAGCUUUUUGUGGUGUGUCUGUCCCCUUAACAAAUGGCUGAUUCCACGGCAGGGAAGCGAUGCCAGCGCCACGAGGGGACCCCCGGCGAGACCUCCCUGCAGCACGAGGAGCCACGUGCUCUGACAGCUGCAUCGACAGACCCGCCUGAGCGCCACUGCUAGACGGCCGGCCCCACACGUCGCUUCAGCCCGGACGGCGCUCCGGACAAGCCUCACAUACCUCACUGUCGUGUCUGCUCGUGUGACAUCAAGUAGAAACAUUGGGAUUUUUUAAAUAAGUCACAGUCCUGUUGCCAAAACUCUAAUAGACAGCAAAGAGAUUCUGCAUUUUAGACUUCACGGUUUUCGAUUUUUAAUCAUUGUCAGCGUGGAGGAGCUUCUCCGGCGUAGAAACCCCACAGGGCUCGGAGUCCUCUCCGUGGCGGGGCGGCCGAGGCUCUGCCGGCCAGCGGCGUGGCCUCGCUCUCACUUCUGGGGGCCCCUGUUCCCUGUUAGUCACAUGGUUUCUGAAUCACACUGCGGCUGCUUUCCAUUUUUAUAUAUAUAAAUAUAUAUAAAUAUAUACUUUUUAAAAAUAAUUUAUAAACCUUACCAAAACUUACGCUAAAUAUACUUUCCAGUAUGAACGCUUGAGUGUCAUAUCAGCAGGUAGAAUUGGCGUCUAGGGGUUUGGUUACAUGCACGUCAACACACAAGGCUAUAAAACAAGUACUACGACCCAGCAGAGACGUCAGGGGUCAGACCGACCACAGCACGUCCAUACGAGCAGCUGGAGACUCCUAGGCCUUUUUCUGUCUCAUAUUAAGAACUGAAUGUGAAGUUUAUAGCUCGCUCGGGUGUACCUUUUAAGAAUUUUGUAAACUGUUUUGUCUGUCUUUUGUUACCGUUCUAUGGUGCCAAGUAUUCUACAUAAAACAAUAAUAUCAUGGGAGAAAUAAAAAUAGCUAGUCUGCUUCCGAUAGAAACUGCUUGUAACGUGGCCUGUGUAUAAAAAUAUCCAGAGAAACAAGCUGUGCGCGUCCUUGGACGCUGAACCUCUAACGACCUGUCGUAACCCUGCUGCACGUACUCGCUCCUGGCGCCCGGCAGAGCCGUGAGAGGUGGUCCCAGGGCCCGUGGAUGGAACACAAACGAAUGUUUAUUAACUCGCUCUAACACUACAGAACUCCCGGGCUGGGUGAAGGCGCUGGGGAGAAGCUUGCUGUAGAUAAAUCACAACCGGUGCAAGUGAGCUGGCGUCCACGUGCCCAACCUGUGUCCUUGACCGUACCGUCGGGGUCUGUGUCGCGCUGUGGUCGCCCUGCUCUGGCCGACUCACGGCGAUUCUGUGCAGCGGGGUUUCAGCUGUUGGUCACUCAGGAGGCCUUUGGAAAUGACCGCUCCGGUCCCUAAGCAAUAAAAUCGAUCGUGGUGAAAAUA